ACGAGGAAGACGUGAUGGCUGGGAGCCGGCGGCGGAAAACCGUGGGCUUGCAGGCGGUCGAGCAAAACGACAGUGAAGAGGACAUGUUUGGAGACUAUGAUAGCUUUGCAGAAAACUCACUUUUAGCACAAGUUGAUGAUUUGGAACAGAAAUUCAUGCAACUUCCUGAACAUGAGACACAUGCUGCAGACUUUGCCACUGAAGAUCUGUGUUCAGAAAACAUCAAAAACAAGCUCAGCAUUACAGCUGUAAGCAACUGUACUGAGUAUAAAACUGAUUUGCACACAAAGAACCAGAGUGAACAUGAAGAUGUCCCGCUGGAACCUAGUGAUGAUCUUUUGUAUGCUGUGCCUUCUUCUCAGGUUUUAUUCUUUGAAAAUUUGCAGAACUCUUCAAAUGAUUUGGGUGAUAGGUCUAUUGAAGAAAAGGACAGGAACUCAUUCUCUUACAAGACUAUGAAUGAAGAACUCCUCGGUCACAUAGAAGAACCCCAGCAAAGUGAUGAAUUCUCUUCUAAAGUCAGAACUAGUUCAGAUAUGAAUAGGAGGAAAAGUGUGAAAGAUCAUCUAAAAAGUGCUAUGACUGUAAACGCCAAGGCCCAGACACCAGUAUUUUCUAAGAGUAAACAGCUCAAAGAGAAACUCCUAUCCAAGGAAAUUAAUGUUGCUAAGAAAGCAAUUGAAUCGCCAUCAGAUGACCGUGGUCCUUUUUACUCAUUACCCAGCAAAGUGAGAGAUCUUUAUGUUCAACUCAAAGGAAUUGAGAAAUUAUAUGAAUGGCAACAUACUUGCUUAACACUGAAUUCUGUGCAAGAAAGAAAAAAUUUAAUAUAUUCCUUGCCAACGAGUGGUGGAAAAACCCUUGUAGCUGAGAUUUUGAUGCUACAGGAACUACUUUGUCGACGGAAAGAUGUUUUAAUGAUCCUUCCAUAUGUGGCAAUUGUCCAAGAAAAGAUUGCAGGUUUGUCAAGUUUUGGUAUAGAACUUGGUUUCUUUGUUGAAGAAUAUGCUGGAAGCAAAGGAAGAUUUCCUCCAACUAAGAGAAGAGAAAAGAAAUCACUGUAUAUUGCCACUAUUGAAAAGGGGCACAGCCUGGUGAACUCCUUGAUUGAAACUGGAAGGAUUAGUAGUCUGGGUCUGGUGGUAGUAGAUGAGUUGCACAUGAUUGGUGAGGGGAGCCGUGGUGCUAUACUGGAAAUGACCCUAGCAAAAAUCCUCUACACUAGCAAAACAACUCAAAUUAUUGGUAUGAGUGCAACACUGAACAAUGUUGAAGACCUGCAAGAGUUUCUUCGAGCAGAGUAUUACACCAGUCAGUUUAGACCAGUUGAAUUAAAAGAAUAUCUGAAAAUAAAUGAUACAAUAUAUGAAGUUGACAGCAAAGCUGAGAGUGGCAUGACAUUUUCACGUCUCCUUGAUUAUAAGUAUUCUGAUGUCCUGAGAAAGAUGGAUCCUGAUCACUUGGUAGCGUUGGUGACAGAAGUUAUUCCCAAUUAUUCCUGCUUAGUCUUUUGUCCCAGUAAGAAGAACUGUGAAAACGUAGCAGAAAUGUUAUGCAAAUUUUUAAGCAAGGAAUAUCUGAAACACAGGGAGACAGAAAAAUGUGAGGUGAUUAAGAACCUGAGGAACAUCAGCAGUGGCAACCUGUGCCCUGUCUUGAAGCACACCAUCCCAUUUGGAGUUGCCUAUCACCACAGUGGCUUAACAAGCGAUGAAAGGAAGCUCUUGGAGGAGGCCUACUCUACUGGUGUUCUCUGCCUUUUUACCUGCACAUCUACCCUGGCAGCAGGGGUCAACCUACCAGCUCGAAGAGUUAUUUUAAGAGCUCCCUAUGUUGCUAAAGAAUUUUUAAAGAGGAAUCAAUAUAAACAGAUGAUUGGCAGAGCUGGCCGUGCUGGAAUAGAUACUGUUGGGGAGAGUAUCCUUAUAUUACAAGAAAAAGACAAGCAGCAGGUCUUGGAACUAAUAAGCAGACCACUGGAAAACUGUUAUAGCCAUCUUGUUGAGGAAUUCACCAAAGGAAUCCAAAGUUUGUUUCUGUCUUUGAUUGGUUUGAAGAUUGCAACAAAUCUUGAUGAGAUAUAUCACUUUAUGAAUGGUACAUUUUUUGGUGUUCAGCAAAAGAUUUUACUGAAAGAUAAAAGUCUCUGGGAAGUAACUGUGGAAUCACUUAGAUACCUGACAGAGAAAGGACUCCUAGGAAAGGAUACUGUUCAUAAGUCUGAAGAAAAGUUACAAUGUAAUUUUCAUAUUACAAAACUGGGAAGAGCUUCUUUUAAAGGAACUAUAGAUUUGGCUUAUUGUGACAUUCUCUAUAGAGACUUGAAGAAAGGUCUUGAAGGACUUGUGCUGGAAAGCCUUCUUCAUCUAAUCUAUCUCACAACUCCCUAUGAUCUGGUUUCCCAGUGUGACCCUGACUGGAUGAUAUACUUCAGGCAGUUUAGUCAACUCAGUCCAGCAGAACAAAAUGUAGCUACUCUUCUUGGAGUCUCUGAAAGCUUUAUUGGGAAGAAAGCAUCAGGUCAAGCCAUCAGGAAGAAAGUGGACAAGAAUGUUGUCAACAGACUCUACCUGUCUUUUGUUCUCUAUACUUUGCUCAAAGACACCAACAUUUGGAGUGUGUCUGAAAAAUUUAAUCUGCCUCGAGGAUAUAUACAAAAUCUGCUUACUGGAGCUGCCUCAUUCUCAUCUUGUGUGUUACAUUUCUGUGAGGAACUUGAGGAGUUUUGGGUUUAUAGAGCUCUUUUGGUAGAACUUACCAAAAAGCUGACCUACUGUGUAAAGGCAGAGCUAAUCCCUCUCAUGGAAGUGACUGGAGUCUUAGAGGGUCGAGCAAAACAAUUAUACAAUGCAGGUUACAAAAGUCUAGUGCACUUAGCUAAUGCUAAUCCAGAAGUGCUAAUAAGGACUAUUGACCAUUUAUCAAGACGCCAGGCCAAGCAAAUUGUUUCAUCAGCAAAGAUGCUGUUGCAUGAGAAAGCAGAGGCUUUGCAAGAAGAAGUGGAAGAAUUGCUGAGAGUGCCUUCUGAUUUCCCUGGCACUGUGGGCGCAUCCCUGGAAAAAGCAUGA